AUGGACAGCACUGGCACCACGAACGGGUUGCAGGACCCAAUGGUAAAAGUUGACGCUCAUCCGUUCGGCUUUGCGCGUUCAGCUCUGGUCGUAUCAUACAUUCAACUCAGUUCCAAGCAGUCAGGAGACGGAUCGAAUGAGCAGAGGAUGAUAGUCAACCGACCGAGAAUGAAAUGGCUAGUUGAGCAUCGCUUCGAGUUUUCAAGAUAG